GAUCAGCAUGCAGCAGAUCUACAGACAGAGCGACAAACAGAUCGAGGUUUAUACCACCGUCUUCUCCCCGCAAGUGUGCAGAUCGAGGACGAGGACGAGACAUGUGGAGGCAGAGAAGGUGGUGGUGGCAGUGAUGCAGUACCAGUCCCGCUGGCCAAAGGAGCUGGACCUGAACCAGGGAAAUCUGAUCCAGGUUCUGUUUAAAGAGGACGAGACCUGGUGGUUCGGACGGCUGACAAACGGAAACGAGGGUUACUUCCCUGCAGCCUGCGUGGAGCCGCUCCAGGGCAGAGAUUCAUCCAGAGCCACGACCACGCUGGUGAGGAGGGGGUCCGUACCGGUCGUUGUGACGGCAGCAGGCGCCCCCUGUGGUUGCACCAGCGGUCGCAGCACUCCAAAGCUACUGAGGAGAGACAGCGUCCGCCGGCCGCCGGGACCGGACGGGCCCUCGGCGGCACCGGGGCCCUCGGCGGCUCCUCCUCACAGCUCCCCCGGCCUCCUCCACCGAGUCCUGUCCAAGUCCAGGAGGAAGAGCUGCCCCCACCUUCCACACCCUCCUCUGGAGAACGGCUCUGUCAACACCGCCUUCCAGCCGGACUAGACUGCAAACUGCUGAUCUGCAACCAGCAAAGUCUUAGUCUCUUGAUCUUUAUGUAUCUUAAAUUAUUUACUGACCUCACAGAAACGAAUCACACUGAAGAUGAAACCAUGUGAUCACGAAACCUCAGGUUUGACCUGCAGGUCCCCACAAUCCAGUCCCAGUUGUUGAAUUGAAGUCCCUAAGAUCACAUCCCAGAGGAGUCUCAUGUGUUCACUAAGACUUUGAUCAAGUUACCAGCUCAAAUCCAAGUAACUGAGAUAAUUCCCAAUAAACCUCGCUGAGGUCCUGUCUGUCAUGUUGAGGUCAAGUCCAAGUUCCUCAGGUGACGCAGGUUGAGUCUGAUGAGGACGAGUCAGAUGAGUCAAAACCAGGUUUCUGAUCUGACAAAAACAAACCUUCAGGACGUUGAACUGUGAUGUCUUCAGAGCAGCUUUACCAUCACAGCGACGACCUUUGACCUUUGAAGUCAUCAAGAAGAUCGAGAUCUCAAGAGGAAACUCAAGUCCCUGAAACUGCAGUCUGCGUCUCCUCUGCUGCUGAUCUGAGCUGGUCUUUGGGUCACAGAAGUCGGGCGCCGUGUGAACGGGCUGCAGGUGUGAAACUGAUGUUUGAAAGGAUUUAUGAUGAAAUUAAAGGUCCAAAGUAUUCUAACUGAAACUCAGCAGCGAGUUAAGAACAGCUGCAUUUAUUAGACAUCACAUCAGAAAACAGACAAUCCAGAAGACUAAAAUAACUAAAUAAAUAAUGAAGAAAACUCCUCAGACGUUUGUUUCAGCCUUUAAAAGCAUCACAGUUCUGUUCUGAGCAGAUUCACGACCUUCAACAUGUGAAACAGAAGAAUAAACUAAUGUUUCCUGGAUUCAUUCACAGUAAAUCCCAAUCAGUGCUCAGUGUCAUCCUGUUACACACAUUCAAUUAACUCUACUGUGAUAUUUGAGGUUCACUUUGUUUAAAAAAUGAAAAAUGUAAAAAGAAAAUUCAGAAAGUUUGAAUCAGACUUUGAGUUUUGCUCAGUUUUAAAUAUAAAGUGUCUUUGUGUGAAAAACAAGAGCAUAAAAGUACAGAAAUGUUCAAACACACACAGAACAAUUAAAAAUCUGUCAUUUCUAUACAUUUAAAAACAGAACAUUUAUAAAGUCGUUCUGUAUUUUCACUAA